GCAAACCGGCGGGUGCUGUUCGAUUAGAGGUUGAAUUCAGCUUUACUGUGAUCUCGGAGGUGGCCGCGUAUAUGAAACGUUAUAUGCUGGCUGAGGCUCAGCCUAAAGACAGACCAAAGUUCGAUGUUAAUGCUCUUUAUGGCCCUGGCAUGUACAUCCUGGAGACACUAUGGACAGAUACCUUGAAGGGUCUACUCAUGGGUUUCUUCUACCCGAUAUUCGAGUGGAAUAGUUGGUGGCAGUCUGUUUUAGUAUGGGUGCUGUAUCUUUAUGCUUGUUGCUUCGUGGAGUAUUGGCCAGCGGCACUAUGCUGGGGAGUUGCAGCUUUGAUGGGACGUAAUAAGAUGAUGUCUGCUUACAAGAAGGCUUUCGAUCAAGAGUCCUCCAUCAGUAGACAUGGCAGUAUGGCCUUUGUCGCUUUGGAUGACGAUGAUGACGAUGAUGAAGAGAAGUCGAUCCACGCCUUAGUGCGUAGUUUCACCCAGUUGUCUCCUACUUGGGCUAAGGAACAGCAGCCCGGUUCCCAGCGGCUCUCAGGAUUCUCGCCGAUUCCUUAG